AUGAUAUUAUCAACGGCGCAGCUACGCUGGGGGCGAGUCGUACUGAUUAUUUUCGGAGCUGCUACGAUUUCCUAUACAUUUUGGCCGAUCCAGCAUGAACAUUACUUCUGGACUCAUUCCCAGCAGGUCUGGGAUGAUCUCGAGGCCAUUGAAAACCGGACGUUGGGAUUCGGCAAAAUACUCGCCAUAAAUAUUCCUAGUCGAGCGGAUAAGAGUGAUAAUAUCGCUUUGGGCUCAUCAGUGUGCAAUUUUCAUGUUGACUUGAUCGACGGGGUUUUGCAGGAAGAUAUCAACUCUAAGUCUUAUCCAUAUAAUUGGAAUUAUGAUCACCAGCCGUCUGAAUACGCUGCCCGUCGGGCACAUGUGAACGGAAUGAAACGUAUAAUUCGGGACAGGAUAGGAAGCGCAAUUAUUAUGGAAGAUGACGCGGACUGGGAUGUCAACAUCAAGACACAACUGAAAAGCUUUGCUCUCGGCGUCCGGGCUCUCCAAGGCACAACCGAUACGCCAUGCUCCUCACCCUAUGGCGAUGACUGGGAUAUACUCUGGAUUGGGCAUUGUGGUAUCGAAUGCAAGGAAGAUCUUCCCUUCUAUAGAACCCCGAAUGACCCAACCGUUCCUGAGCCUCGACAUUUCCUCCCCUAUUUUCGCGAUCCCCCUCCAUUCGAACGAUCGGAUCAGGCUCGUUUGACAUGUACUGCCAACGAUGGUGUCUGUUCAAGUAUGUAUGCAGUGAGCUAUCAUGGCGCCCAGCGAAUUCUUGCCGCCUUAUCGGUCAAUCCAUCUGGGCUUGCCGAGGAAAUCAAUAUCGGCGCGCAGUUCGACGUUUCUUUAGGUCGCAUGUGUGGGAAAGGGUACUUACGCUGCUUUGCACCUUAUCCUGCCCUCACUGGCGCUUUUAGGUCUGCUGGAGGCGCAGGAAAGGCGUCCGACAUUCAUGAUGAAGAGGGAGAGCCAGUGGGGUUUGCCAGCUGGGGUGUACUCUAUAGUACCAUGCUCAAUGUGAAUCGCAUACUCAAUGGAGAUCCUGUGUACGCAACAUGGGAAGCCAAUGAGAGGGAAUCGCUCAUUCCAAGUACGAUCGAUAUUGAAGACGGCUCGAUUUAUCUCAAGGUAGAUGACGGUGAACGCGAGAUUCCCUCAGUUGCCAUUGAUGAACAGCAACGAAAACAUAGAGUGACACAUAUAAGCAUGGAAUAA